AUGAGCCACAUUGAAUUCAAAGCAUUACAACUUCAAGAAGAAGCUCAGAGGAGGGUAAAAUCAGCAGGAUUCUUACAGUCCUUGUUUUUGCGGUCUACAAGUAAAUCGGAAGAGUCAAUAGAAUAUUACAAAAGAGCCGGAAAUCUGUUUAAAAUGGUUAAAAAAUGGAAACAAGCUGGUUCGGCGUUUAUGGAUGCUGCUAAUCUUUGUUACAAAGCUAAAAAUUUUACUGAAGCUGCUCUGGAGUAUAUCGAAGCGGCAAAUUGUUUUAAAAAUUGUGACACUGAAAUGGCUAUAAAGGCGUACAAAGAAGCUGUGAAAUUAUAUAGAAAUAACGGAAAGUACAGUGCUGUUGCUAAAAAUUAUGAAGCAAUGUCAGAAUUAUUGCAAGAGGACUAUAAUAACCAGGGAGCCGAAAAGUAUCUUGAACAAGCGGCAUACUUUUAUCAAUUGGAUAAAAGAUACUGGGCGUCAAAUAAAUGUUUGGAACAAAUCGCAGAAGCAGCUGCUUUGUCAUCAGAUUAUGUGAAGGCAAUCAAAAUCUUCGAAGGAAUCGCUUGUUUCGAAUUAACCAGCUCAACAAGAAAACACAUAGCAAACGAAUACUUUUUCAGAUGUGCCAUCUGUGUUCUUUGUGCUGGUGCCAGUGUUACAAAAAGAUUGCUUACCUACAUUUACAUAUUUCCACCAUUUAAAACGUCCAGGGAAUAUGAACUAGUUGUGUGUCUAGCGGAAUGCAUCAACGAUAACGACUUGGAAGGGUUCGAGUAUGCUGUAAGAAUAUUUGAUUCCCAAACUGAACUGAGCCAGUGGCACGUAACACUGCUAUUGAGAGCUAGAAAUCAGAUUACUGAAAAUGAACAUCUUAUAUUGUGA